AUGAGGUUGCGGCCCUGAUAGUGAUUCUCUUUUAUUUGUUUAUCUUGCUCUUAUAAAUGGAUAUUAUUAUUUGAACUUUUACAAAAGAAAGAGAAUGAUCCAUUGUGGAAAAAGCUGGUGUGCUUGUGUGAUUGGUACUUAAUGUACCCACACCAAAAUCAUGAUUACCCAAAUCAACUAAUUGAACUAACCAAUACUUGAUGAUCAAGAAAAAAGAAACAUGGAAUUACCAAUCCCAGAAAAAAUACAGAAGUUAUGGGAUUUAUGGAGCCUUCGGGGGUGCAUUAUGCUGAGCCUUCUUCUACAAAUAAUUCUAGUCUUGUUUGCAUCCUCUAGACAACGCUGCAAGAACUCAUUCUUACUCAUUCUCAUCUGGGCAGCCUAUUUGCUAGCUGAUUGGGUUGCUGCAGUUUCCAUAGGCCUAAUUACACAAGAACAGACCAGAUCUUGUGAUGAUCAUAAGGAUGGAAAGUAUGAUCAUGACAUUUAUGCAUUCUGGGCUUCUUUUCUCUUACUCCAUCUUGGUGGACCUGAUACCAUUACCUCUUUUGCUCUUGAAGAUAAUGAGUUUUGGCUUAGGCACUUGUUUGGUCUUGUCUUACAAGUCAUGGCUGCUGGUUACAGUUUCUACCUCACUCUCCCUAAUAACAAGCUAUGGCCUCCCACACUCCUUAUCUUCUUUGUUGGCAUCAUUAAGUACACUGAGAGGACAAGAGCCUUUUACCUUGCAAGCUUGGAACGUUUCGGAAGGACUGCUCUACGAAAACCAGAUCCCGGGCCUGACUACGAAGAGGUUUCCACAAACUACUUCUCUAAACUUCUUCAAAUUCCAAUACAGGGAGAUAGUAAAGCAAAUCAGAGUGGUGUUGGGAGUUCUUCUAGGCUUGAUCCUUACAUAGAACUUAAUAGAAUCACUUUAGAAGCUUGUGAUGAGUUGGGAUUACUGAAGGCAGCUCAUAUUCUCUUUGGAAGGUUCAAAGGACUCAUUGUUGGGUUUUUUCUAACUUCCAAAGAUAGAAAAUCAUGCAGAGAGUACUUUAUGAAAAUUGAAGAUCAUAAAUGUGCUUUCAGAGUAGUUGAGUAUGAGCUAAGUCUCUUGUUCCAAGUUCUUCACACCAAGGUAGUUGUGGCGCGCCAAAGAGUUGGUUACAUACUCCGAUUCAUAAGCUUAUCUUCGAUUUUGAGUGCCACCAUAGCAUACUUCUUAACUGAAAAGAAAGGUUUCAAAAGGAUUGAGAUCAUUCUUAGUUAUUCUCUGCUUAUUGGAGCCAUGGUCCUUGACACCAUAUCAGUUAUUAAGCUCAUUUUCUCUGAUUGGAUUCUUGUGGUGCUUAAUCACACUUGGAAGAGGGAAUUUCUUGACAAGCUGAAAAUCAUGAGAUUCUCGAGCUCAUAUAAGGUCACAGAAGAUCUACAAGAAUUCAUCUUUAAAAAUCUGAAAGAAAAAUCAAAGAAGGCAAACACUUUCAAAGAAGCAACAGAGGCAUGUAUAGAAAGAGGUGGUUUGGCUCUUAAACAGAGUAUUGGUCAAGAUUUUGCUAGCUAUAUCAAACUCAAAUGGAGCAUAAGCGAGUUUCAAUACACCGAAAGCAUUCUUUUGUGGCACAUAGCAACCGAGAUGUGCAACGAGGACACUAAAAUUUCUAAUAAUGAUAAUUAUAAAAGCAAGUCUAAGAUUCUUUCGGAGUAUAUGUUCUAUUUACUAAUAGUUCAGAAUACAAUAUUUUCUCCAGUUUUGGGAGAUUGGCACUUGGUGUUUCAAGAUACUUGUGCAGAGGCCAAGAGGUUUUUUAGAAAAUACUGUGUGUCAAAUCACUGUGAUGCUGUGAAGAAAAUGAAUGGUGUAAGAACAAAGUUCAGACCAGCUGCUGUGAAGGAGGGAAGAAGCAAGUCUGUGUUCUUUGAUGCUUGUAUUUUAGCAAACCAGCUUAAAAAAUUGGAGAGUAAUCAAAGAUGGAAAAUAAUGGAUGAGGUGUGGCUUGAGCUCAUGUCUUAUGCAGCUAUUAAUUGUAGGCCUAUUGUUCAUGCACAACAGCCUAGUUGGGGUGGUGAGCUUAUUACUUUUACUUGGUUAUUGCUCAAUCAUUUUGGUUUGGGUAUACAAUUCUCUGAGCAAGAAGAUCGAGCUGGAAUGAAAAUGGUGGCAGUAAAGUAAUGUCUAUCUAAAUAUUUAGUUUGCAACAGUUGUAACUGUCUUUAUGUUCUUUAGUUUUGAUCUUUGUUGUAUUUGAUGUAAGGGUAUAUUUGUCAAACCCUGUGAGUGGUGUUAUACAACUUAAUGAUAAAUAAGUGAAUCUGAAACAACAUUUUAUUUAA